AUGUCGUCGUUGCAUGCGUUGCAUGCAUCUUUGGUACAACAAGAAUAUAUUACAACUAAUAGCGGUUCAAAAUCUUCAGGAAAGAACUCUGGAGCCUCAAGCGAUAAUCCGAAUGCCCCAACUAUCGUAGUUGUUAAUGCUGGAGAGCAGAGAGGGCAUGCUACUCCCCCAGAAAAUUCAGCGCCUUUAUCGCCUGCUGGUAAUCCACAUAAAUCUCAUUCAAAAGAAGAGCCUCCUAAAAGAGACCCUUUGAAUCGUUUGAAAGGGACACCAAAAGACGUUAUUCCUAUAAGCAAAGCACCACGUCGUCAAAGAUCGUCAAGGUUUCAUGUGACUGAAAAAGUCGAGUUGGAGAAAUUACCAAAUUUUAAUGAGGUUUCACCGGACAAAAGACAAGAACUUUUUCUUAGAAAGCUUACCCAAUGUUCGGUAAUUUUCGAUUUCAAUGAUGCAAGCGCUGACCUUAAAGGAAAAGAGAUUAAGAGGUCAACACUGGCCGAGCUCUUAGAAUAUAUCACUACAAAUCGAGGAGUAAUUACCGAACCAAUAUACCCUGAGGUCGUUUCGAUGUUUGCUAUCAAUCUUUUUAGAACCAUACCUCCACAAGUAAAUCCCACAGGUGACGCCUUCGAUCCCGACGAGGAUGAACCCGUACUCGAACUUGCGUGGCCUCAUCUUCAAAUCGUUUACGAAUUUUUCCUUCGAUUUAUUGAAUCACCAGAUUUCAACACGAAUAUUGCCAAAAAAUACAUCGAUCCACAAUUUAUAUUGCAAUUGUUGGAAUUAUUUGAUAGUGAAGAUCCAAGGGAGCGAGAUUUUUUAAAGACUACAUUGCAUCGAAUUUAUGGAAAGUUCUUAAAUUUACGUGCAUUUAUUCGAAGGUCCAUUAAUAAUGUGUUUUUUCAGUUCAUAUAUGAAACAGAACGUCAUAAUGGUAUUGCCGAAUUAUUGGAAAUCCUUGGAAGUAUUAUCAAUGGUUUUGCAUUACCAUUAAAAGAAGAACACAAAACAUUUCUCACGAAAGUCUUGAUACCUUUGCAUAAAGUCAAAUCUUUGACGUUAUAUCACCCUCAAUUAGCAUAUUGCGUUGUACAAUUUUUGGAAAAAGAUCCAUCAUUAACAGAAGAAGUUAUUUGUGGCCUAUUAAGAUUCUGGCCGAAAGUAAAUAGUCCAAAAGAAGUUAUGUUUUUAAAUGAAAUUGAGGAAAUCUUGGAUGUGAUAGAACCACAAGAGUUUGUAAAGAUUCAGGUUUCAUUAUUUCAACAAGUUGCUCGAUGCGUGUCAAUAUAUAAUGCUUUGAAAUUGUUCAUGGAAAUCAAUCCAGCAUUAUUCGAUGAGUGUACGGCACAAUAUAAACAAAGUCGUCAAUUGGAAAAGAAAAAAAUGCGGGAAAGAGAAGAGACAUGGCACAGAUUAGAAAGGACUGCUGCACACAAUUCUCAAGGACUUCCCCUUCCUUAUGCCAUUGGCGGACCUUUGAUAUCUUCAAGAACUGACGUGUCGACUAUUCAAAAUUUUAAUACGUUUGAUAAUGAUGAGAAUCAAUCAAGUGGCGAUGAUGAGUCGGGUGAAGAUGAACGUCAAGAAGUAGAUAGACAAGAAGAUGAGCAUGGAGAAUUGCAAGCUUUUGACGGUAGGCCAGAUGGUUUUAAUUUAUUCCGUCGAAAAUCAAUUAUACCAGUUGAUGAAUCUGUGUUGUCUGAAUUAUCAAGGCAUCGUAGUUUGGAAGAAGUUCUUAAUGGACCACCAGAUUCUUCAGGCAGCCCAACAAAAAACCCUUAA